GCGGCCGCGUAUCAGCUGUUCGAUGACAGUUUACCAACCGUAGAAGUCGCAGGCGCUGCGAAGUAGUGAUCGAGGUUUGUUGUUUGGGAUGUGACUGCAAUAUGGCUAUCUGGUGAUUAACAACCGAGUGGACGGACAAAGGAGCAACGUAAUUCUCCCCCGCGACACACCGCCGUUCCACUUUGCUCCGUGCGUGACAGCUGGACAAACGAGACAGAUAGGAUGCUGGAGCUCGAGGUGGUGCCCGAGAGGUCCCUCGGAUGCGAGCAAUGGGAGUUUAUUUUGGGUAUGCACUUUUCUCAGUCAGUAUCGAUAAUACAGUCUCAAGUUGGUGUUAUAAGAGGAGUCCAAGUACUUUAUAGUGACACUAAUCCAUUAGAUGUAGAUCUAGUAAUAAAUUUACCUCACGAUGGCAUUCGGCUUAUAUUCGAUCCUGUUGUACAAAGGCUUAAAAUAAUUGAGAUUUAUAACAUGAAGUUAGUGAAAUUGAAAUAUUGCGGCUUGCCAUUCAAUUCGCCGGAAGUGUUACCUUCGAUUGAGCAGAUAGAGCAUUCUUUCGGUGCGACUCAUCCGGGCGUUUACGACAGCGAGAAACAGGUGUUUGUAUUGAAUUUUCGAGGACUGUCGUUUUACUUUCCAAUCGACUCAAAGUUCCAACCUGGUUACGCCCACGGAUUAGGCUCGUUACAAUUUCCUAAUGGAACUUCUCCUCUAGUUGCAAAAACUGCAAUUUACGUUGGAAAUAUGCCAGCCGGUGGUAGCAGCGAAGAACAUGGUUCUAAGACCCCGCCGCCACCUUUGCCACUUGUUUGUUAUCAUAAUAACUUGUACUUGGAGAAAGCGGAUAUCAUUAGAGACAAAAUACGUACUCGAGGGCUCCGAUUACAUCUCUUCACGGAAGGCAGUUCUGGAACGAGAGCAUUGCUGGAGCCAAAAAAACGAUGUCUGACCAAAGAGGUAUUAUUCGGAGAUACUUGUGAAGAUGUUUUAAGCGCGCUUGGUGCUCCGUCUAGAGUAUUCUACAAAGCCGAGGAUAAGAUGCGUAUCCAUAGUCCGCACGCACACAAACGGGACAAGACAAGGCGGUCAGACUUUUUCUAUAAUUAUUUUACUUUAGGUCUGGAUAUCUUGUUCAACGCUAAAACUCAAUGUAUAAAAAAGUUCGUACUUCAUACCAACUAUCCGGGACAUUAUAAUUUUAAUAUGUAUCACCGUUGUGAAUUUUCUCUGACUCUGCCUCCUGAAAAUAAUUCCACGGAAUCGGGAAAGCUGAUCGAUGUUUCUCCCUCUCCUGUUACAAUCACUGCCUAUACAAAAUGGGAUAGAGUGAGUGAGCAAUUGAAAGCGAGCGCGCGACCUGUAGUCUUGAAUCGCGCGUCUUCGACGAACACUACCAAUCCAUUCGGCUGUACAUUUUGUUACGGUAUACGAGAUGCAAUUGUCGAAGUCAUGGCAAAUCAACAUAUCGCAAGUGUCACUUUAUAUAGAACUGCGUGACGUUGAUAAUUUAUACGAUGUAAAGGAUUAUGUUGCAUGAUUCAUGACGAACAAUUGAGAGGAUAAGAAAUUACUUUAGCUAACUCUCCAGGUCUUAAAUUAAAGACAAAAUGAGACGAGGACGAUUGUGCAUACAGCACUGGGAAGCUUUUUUUAAAAUUGAUAUAUAAUCAAUUAUUUUUUAGAAUACAAAAAUGAUAAAUAAAUGUUACGUAAAGUGUGAAUAUUAAGACGAUUAAAUGAUGAUCAUAUAAGAUAUGUAUAAAAUUCAAGAAUGAAAAUAUAUGGAAAGUAAAAAAAAA